GAUUUUCGUGUUGAUUGAUGUGGGACACCUGCCACAAUGAGCAACUCCCAUACCAUUCUCGCAACUUUUCUCUCAAUUGUCACUUUUCUCCUGCUAAUUUCUGAAGAUGGCUGUGUAAGAAUUAUUGGAGGAAACGAAGUAACUCCUCAUUCAAGACCCUACAUGGUCCUACUUAAACUUGACAAAAGCAACAUCUGUGCUGGCUCUUUGAUUGAAAAACGUUGGGUAUUGACUGCAGCCCACUGCACACUGACCAAAAGGUCUCAGGUCAUUCUUGGGGCUCACUCAAUUACCAAGAAUGAGCCAGAAAAACAGUUAAUGUCUGUCAAGAAAGAAGUUCCCUACCCAUGCUAUGAUCAAGAGGCACAUGAGGGUGAUCUUAAACUUCUACAGCUGAAGAAAAAAGCAACAAUUAACAAAAAUGUGGCUAUUCUUCAACUACCUAAAAUGGGGGUUGAUGUGGAACCAGGCACCAUGUGUCGAGUUGCAGGGUGGGGUAUGGUUCGCAAUAAGUCACCUCCCUCUGAUACUUUGAGAGAAGUCAAUGUCACCAUCAUAGACAGAAAAAUCUGCAAUGAUAAAAAGCACUAUGAUUUUAAACCUGUGAUUGGAAUGAACAUGAUUUGUGCUGGAAGCCUCCAUGGUGGAAAAGAUUCAUGCAAUGGAGAUUCCGGAAGCCCUUUGCUAUGCAACGGCAUUUUCAGAGGCACCACUGCCUUUGGUCUUCCGGGAAGAUGUGGAGACCCUCAAGGGCCUGGCGUCUACACUCUUCUCUCAGAGAAACACCUCAAAUGGAUACGUAAAACUAUUAAGGGAGAAGUUUAAGUGAUCAUAAUUCAUUUUAUUUGUUGUCCCUUUUUACUCAUAUUGCAAAUAAAAUCAAUUUGUA